AUGCAACAGGCACGAAAGCGUCGCAUUCAAGCCUGUUACCCCUGUUACACGCGAAAGCAAAAAUUAGAAUUGCCUGAUGAGGAUGAAACGGAACUAAUCGAUCCCUCUUCGCAGUCUAUAUGGGGUACCAUCCAACAUGAGGUUGGGCGUAUGCCCGAUCGCCAGAUUGUAGAUUUCCUUGUGCAGUACUUUGUCAGUGAGCUGAAUUGGAUGAAGCAAGUUAUCCAUUCUCCCAGCUUCUUAGCCGAUUAUCAGAAAUGGUGGGCAAAGCGGGGUAAUCCAAUGGCAGUGUCUGAUGUCGAUUUUGCAACUCUCAUUGUUCGCAUUUGUUGCUAUGCGACACAGUUCCUGCCGUCGCCGUCGUGCAUUGUCGACCAGAUCUACGGCCGAUCACUGGAAGAUAUUCGCGACACUUGCUGUGGUAUCGGAGAAAAUCUUGCCAAAGCCUGUGAAAUGCUUGACGGGAAAGGUUCCCUGUUCCGUGUGCAGCAUCUUCUAUUCGCUGCCCUGAAACUAUCGUGUGAAGGGGGGACAGCUCCAUUCUGGGAAGGCGUGGCUUCUGCUAGUCGAGCCGCUCAAAAGGCUGGUAUUCACAGAGAGGCCACUGAUUGCAGAAGGUCGCCCCCCUUAUUACAAGAAAACGGUGUCCAGGAGCUGGAAAAAGAGGUUCGACGGAGGACUUUCUGCAGCCUUUAUGCUUUGGACAGCCAUUUAGCCAGACAGCUGGAUCGGAUUCCGUUCUUGCCAGACAAUUCAGUCGUGGAGAUAUUACCCCGGUUGCGCUUAAUCGCUGAUAUUGGCGAUUCACCAUUAGAUAUAGAUGGUAGUGCUCCCGAUAUAUUCACCGAGCGGCUCCUGGAAGUUCAGCUAGCGCGAUUCUGUCGGAGUCUAAAUUUAAAGCAGAACUCUAAGUAUGAUCCAACAGAGAGUGAGCACAGAUAUGAGAGAUUUUGCGCCGAAUAUCUCCCUAGCGUACACGCGGCUUUCGCUAUAGACAAACCAGAUAUGACAUGGGACGAGGCUCUCCCCAAGCUACCCAUGCAAAGGCAGCUUUUCUACAUCGCUAUUUUCGACUCAGUCUGUUGGAAUUUCCGACCCCUUCUAUUACUCAAACCUAACGAUGUCGCAAGUCUACCGCCUUACAAGCGCGUACUCCUGCAAUCGCAAAAGCUAAGGCUCGGCCUCGCUGCACUGAAAGAGCUCGAGGCCGUGACCGCCCUCCAUUUGAUGUUUGGCGGCUCAUACACGCGCUUUGGUGCUAUCAUUUUCAACACCUUCGAGGCUGCCGUACUUUUACUCUGUCUUUGCACGCAUGCAGAUUUCCCAUUUGACCAAGGGGACGAGAACACCGACAUUCUGGGAAUGAAGGUUAAAUUGUCCCGUAAACGGGCGAUGCAAGCGGCCGAGCUGGCCAUUAAUCGCCUCCAAAUGCUGGCCGAGUUCAGUGACAUGGCUGCGUCGGGGGCCCGGGUGGCUGCUCAGUUAUUCGCCAGAGCAUUCUGGGCGAAGCAGUCAGCGAAUCCGAAUCCAGGUUCCCGCGCGGUAUCUGAUACCCCUUCUUUAUGGGCCCCGCUGGAUUCGGCUGCUAUGGAGAGUAUCGAUGAUGAUAUCCAAGAGCAAUGGCAGUCUUUAGGACAGAAAGAUUUUGUUUUGACACCCGAAAUGUUUUUGUCAAUGGUGCAACAGAAUACUUCAUCCCCAAACGGCCAGGAAGCCCCGAUAGACGUCCCUUUGCUCUGGGGAAAUUUCGGACUUUAG